GUGACCUCAAGUAUAUACUGUGGUACUAAUGUAAAUCAUAAUUUGAUGUUAUUGAUGAACUAAAAUCAAUAUUUAAAGUAGGAAUCUUCUCGAUUCUUUAUGAAAAUUUCCAGAAUUUUUUUAUCAUGUUGUUUACAAAAGCAUACAACAACAAACGACAAUGUAAUUAGAGAUAUUCUAUAUUAUUAUUUAAGUUGGCUCUGAUCGUUCACUUGAUAUAUAUUUGAGACUUAAAAACUUGGCGCGCAUGUAGGAUUUAAAAGAAUUACGCAAUAUAAUGUAUUUCCAUUAAUAAUACAAAACUGAUUUAAAGAAAAUUGUUUAUUCCCUUCCUUUUUUUACAUCAAAUUUAAUUAUUUUACAUCAUUCACUUUACAAACAUUAUCGAUGAUGAUUUGUGUAAUAGAACAUAAAAUUUAGGAUUCACUUCUAGAGAAUUCUAUCAAAUUCUAGACAUAGUAUUAUUGAAUAUGACAACACCAGGAAAAAUUAAGAAAUUAGAUGAAGUCGUAGUAAAUAGAAUUGCAGCUGGUGAAGUGGUACAAAGACCAGCAAAUGCAUUAAAAGAAUUAAUUGAAAACAGUCUUGACGCAAAAGCUACUAAUAUUCAAAUUAUCGUUAAAGAAGGCGGAUUAAAACUAUUACAGAUUCAAGACAAUGGCACUGGUAUUAGAAAAGAAGAUAUGGAAAUCGUUUGUGAACGAUUUACAACAAGUAAAUUACAAACAUUUGAGGAUCUUCAAUCAAUAUCAACUUUUGGAUUUCGUGGAGAGGCUUUGUCAAGCAUUAGUCACAUAGCUCUUUUAACAAUCACAACAAAAACUGCAGAUGAAAAAUGUGCCUAUAAGGCAUCAUAUAUUGAUAGUAAAAUUAAAGCACCACCUAAACCAUGUGCUGGAAAUCAAGGUACCACAAUAAUGAUUGAAAACUUGUUUUAUAAUGUUGCAACACGAAGAAAGGCAUUAUCAAAUCCAGUUGAGGAAUUCAACAAAAUCACAGAUGUUGUUACAAAAUAUGCGGUACAUAAUCCUAAUGUAGGAUUUGUAUUGAAAAAGCAUGGUGAAAUAACACCUCAGGUUCGUACACCACAUAAUUCAACUAAAAUGAACAAUGUAAGAAUAUUGUAUGGUAACUCUGUCUUUCGUGAAUUAUUAGAAGUGGAACUUACAGAUAAAGCCCAUAAAUUCAAACUGCAUGCUUUAAUAACAAACCCAAAUUGUACCAAUAAAAAGAUGAUGCUUCUGCUGUUCAUCAAUAAUAGAUUAGUAGAAUCUUCUUCAAUCCGUAAAAUGUUAGAAGAGCUUUAUACUUUCUAUCUUCCAAAAAAGACUCAUCCAUGGUGUUACAUAUCUUUAGAAAUUGAACCACAGAAUGUUGAUGUCAAUGUACAUCCAACAAAACAUGAAGUUAAAUUUCUUCAUGAAAAUGCUAUUAUUGAAAAAAUAAAACAAAGUUUAGAUGAAAGACUUUCUGGAAACAGUGCCUCCAGAACGUUUUAUGUGCAAGCGCGGUUACCGAAGGCAGAUAUUACUAAAGAAGUUUUAAAAGAAGUUUUGCCGGAAUAUGAGCAAGAAAAUAAUGAUAAAACAAAAAAAAUUCGCCCUCAAGAAAUGAUCAGAACUGAUUCAUCUGAUCAGAAAUUAGACAAAUUUAAUUUUACUAUUCAUACGGCGAUGAAACAUGCUAGGAAUGUUGAUAUUAUUCCGUCUGAUAAUCGUACAAGUAACGUCGCGCAAAAUGAAUCAAUUCCAAAUGAUUAUAUGUUAGAUAAAGAAACAGAUAAUAUACAAUGCUUAACAUCAAAUGCAGGUGAUAUAAAGCAGAAAAAUAUAUCAACCCCAAUUGAAGUGAAAGAGACAGAAAAAUCUACACCAUGGAGUCAUAUAAUUAAUGAUACAAGUCCAUCUGCAUCGUCAGAGUUAAUAGUACCUACUACUUCUAACGUAGCUUCUACAACUAAAAAUGACAAUAAACAAGACGAGUACAGAUUAGAUAAUAUAGACGAAAUUUUUGAAAUUACAAAUGACAGUUUUAACGAAAAUAUAAUAAAUGAUUCUAUGAAAAAUAAAAAUGAUUCUAUAAAAGAAAAAUGCAUUGAUGUAAUCGCGGACAAAGCGCGUAAACAAGUGUACAAAUGCUUCGGAAAUAAAAAUACCGUAUCAGAGAAGGAAGAAACUAUUACGCGUAAAGAAGAAACAAAGGUUGACAAAACUGACGAAAAUAAAUUUGAUGAAAUAAAAAGCACAGAUGCACAAUCUUCAAAUGAGACUGAUAAUAAAAAAGAUGAUGUUGAGAGUAAACGUGAGUUUAAGUCGUAUUCUAUAAACAAUUUUAGGAGAGAAGUAAAGUUAACAAGUGUAUUAAAAUUACGCAAAGAAAUAGAAAAUGAAUGUCAUGAAGGGCUGAAGGAAAUUUUAGCAGGCUUAAGUUUUGUUGGUUGUAUAGAUGAGUCGUCUGCUCUCAUUCAAAGUGGAGUUAAUUUAUAUCUCUGCGACACGAAAAAAUUAGCGGAGGAGCUUUUUUAUGAAAUUAUGCUUUAUGAUUUUGCGAAUUAUGGAGUCAUAAAAUUUUCAGAAGCAAUUCCUUUAUACGAAUUAGCAAUAUUAGGAUUAAAUACAGAAGAAGCUGGGUGGACAGAGGAUGAUGGACCAAAAGAAGAACUAGCUACAAGUGUUAAGGAAUUGUUAUUGGAAAAGGUGGAUAUGUUAAAGGAGUAUUUCUCUAUUGUUAUAGACAAGCAGGGAAACUUAAAAUCUUUGCCAGUAUUACUAGAAAAAUAUUUUCCAAACGAAGCUGGUCUUCCGCUUUAUAUAUUGCGUCUAGCUACUGAGGUAGAAUGGUCGGCAGAACAACCAUGUUUUCGAACGGUUUGCAGAGAAACGGCAAAAUAUUACAGUCAAAUGAAUCCUGUACAUAAUUCUCACGACUGGAAGUAUAUUACAGAACAUGUUUUAUAUUCUGCAAUUAAAGAGAGUUUACUUCCUCCUAAACAUUUUGCACAUGAUUCGACAAUACUACAGAUAGCCAAUUUGCCCGAUUUGUACAAAGUUUUUGAGAGAUGUUAGAUGUAUUUAAUGAUUGGACAUUCAUCAAGAAAGGUAAUAAAUACAAAACAUGGUAUGAAAAAAAGGAAUGAUUUGUUUAACUACAUAUACAUCUAUUUUCAUUAAUAAAAGAAAA